AUGCAAAGUAGAAUGGCCAAAAGACUCUAAAAGGAUUUAGAGUAGAUGUAAAAGUCGUACACAGACCAAUUUAAUGUGAGAAUGCCUAAUAAUGAUAUUAAACAUUGGAUUGUAGCAUUUGAGGGUGCUAAGGGAACAUUGUAUCAAGGAGAGAAAUUCGAAUUGCAAUUCAAGUUUUCAAACGAAUAUCCAAUCGAAUCACCUGAAGUAAUCUUUAUUGGCAAACCACCUGAACAUGAGCACAUCUAUUCCAAUGGAUUCAUUUGCUUAUCAAUAUUAUUUGAUGAAUGGUCAGCAGCCCUUACUGUGAGUUCUAUCUGCUUGUCAAUACAAUCGAUGUUAUCUAGCGCUACAAAAAAAAUGAAACCACCUAAUGAUGCAGAAUUCGUCAAAAGAGCAGCUGGAAGAGGUCCAAAAAGCUUUCUAUGGAGUUAUCAUGAUGAAAAGUGUUGA